CAUGUCAAGAUUUAUCCUGACCAUAAUUUCCUUCCACUUUAUUCUUCAAUUAAUUCAUUGUCUAAGCAUCAAGAGGAUUCAAGAUAAUAGUAAAAUAAUUACAAAUGAAAUUCAAUUAGCGGAUAUUAACAUUGCGGUCUUGUCAACUGUUAGAGAACAGCCUUCAAAAAAUAGCUGUAACGUUAAAAACUCUGCAAUCAGCUCAAGAUUCUUACAGAGCUUAUAUCUUGUAAAGAAAGGAAUCGAUGAUGUUAAUAGAGAUGAUAGUUUUCUUCCAAACAUAACAAUUGGAUAUGUUUUUAUCGAUACCUGUAAUUUGGUACCAAAAACUAUUAAACAUUCCGUUCAAUUAAUACCAAGAGUUAACGAUCAAACAUGCUCAAAGAGUAACCAAGAAAUGGAGUAUUUCGACAUUCAAGCUGUAAUUGCUUCAAUAAGUAGUUCUGAAUCAGUUCAAUUAUCAUCUUUAUUAAGUAGAUUCAAUAUUCCUCAAAUAAGUCCCAUGUCAACAAGCGACGAUUUAAGCGAUAAAGUAAGAUAUGAAUACUUUACUCGAAUUGUUAGUCCAGACAGAUUUCAAGCUGAAGCUCUAACUGACUUUAUCCUGGAAUAUCACUGGAAUUACGUAUCAAUACUAUUUAUUGAAGGAAGUUACGGAGAGAAUGGAGCAAAACAACUGAGAAAAUUGUCUUCCAUAAAAGGCAUUUGUAUUGCUGUUGAUGAAAUGAUCUCUUUGGAUAAUUCUAUCGAAGAUAUAGAAAAAGCUGUAAAAAAAAUUUCAAACCAUCCUAAUGCCGAAAUAAUUAUCAUAUUCUUAUAUCCAGGAGAAACAAAGAUGCUGUAUGAUCAAUUAGAAAAAGCCCAGCUUCUCAAUAUUAAAUAUGUUUUAGCGUCUGAUGGAAUGAGUUUUAUUCAAAUACCAAGCGUUCUAGAAAAACGCGUAUAUAAUACUUUCGGUAUAGCUUUCCAGUAUCGAAAUGUUCCAGGAUCCUUUGAGUUUCUAACAACUAUAAAUCCUGUAAGAAACCCAAACCUUCUUUACAUAAAUGAUUAUUGGAGUAGACUCUUUGAUUGUACUUGGGAGAGAAAUAAUAACACUUCAAAAAAACUAUGCGAUCCAGAAACAAAUCUUACAGCAGCAAACUUUCAAAUUGCAGCUGACUCUUUGGAAUACGAUUGCUUUCUUGUAUUAAUUAAAGCAAUAAAUAGAGUGAUUCAAAGAUUUUGUCCUGGUAUAUCGAGAUCGAAAGUUCGAAAUUGUGUGACUGGACAGAGGCUUUUAAAAGAGAUACGAACUGGUUCGUUCAAUACAACUCUUGGAAAUAUACAGUUUGAUAAAAAUGGGGAUGUUUACGGUGGAUAUAAUCUCGUUCAAUAUACUCACAAUGGUAAAUGGAAUGUUGUCGGUCGUUGGAGCAGGGAGAAGCCUGGCGUAGAACCUCUCGAAAAAAUCAUAUGGCCAGAAUCAUAUGUUCCAGUUUCAGUGUGCAGCAAGCCAUGUCCACCAAAGCAUUAUUUUAUCCAAAAGGCGGUGGUAUGUUGUUGGGACUGUCGGAAGUGUCGAAACAAUGAAAUCGUUAUUGACAAUCGGACUGGAUGCGAAGAGUGUCCCGAGUUUUUUUGGCCAGAUAGAGAAGCGUUGAAAUGCGUGGCUAUAGAAGCUGACUACCUAAAGUGGUCUGAUUUUGAAAGCGUCAUAAUAUUGGCAUCAGGCAUUGUAGUUGAGUUUAUUGACAACGUUUUUCUUUCUGAUGAAGCCAAGCGAUGGAAUUUGUGGAGUGAAUAG